GCGCGUGACGCGGGGCGGCCGUGGGAGGAGGGAAGAUGGCGGCGGGUGGCAGCAGCUGGGCCGCGGUGUGCGAGAAGUUCCGCACCGCCCGCACUCUGUCUACCGUGGAGUCCCGCAAGGACCCGGAGACCGAGCCCUACCGCUCUAAAUACAGCGCCCGCGCCCUGCUGCAGGAGGUCAAGCAGCUGCUGAGCGCCGCCGAGGAAGGCGACGAGGCGCGGCUGCUGGCCGUGCGGCGGGCCGUGCUGGAGUACGAGCUGGGCGUCAACCACACCGACACCGAGGAGCUGUCGGCCGGCGAGGAGCACCUGCAGCGCUGCACGCAGCUGCUGGAGCCACACCGCCUCUCCCCGGACUGCGUCUCCCUCUACAUACAGGCCCAGAACAAUCUAGGUAUCCUCUGGUCCCUAAGGGAUGAAAUUAAAACUGCGCAAACUUACUUGGAAUCUGCAGAAGCCUUGUAUAAUCAAUACAUGAAAGAGGAUGGAAAUCCUCCCCUGGACCCCAGUGAACAUUUCAUGGCAGAAGAAGAAAAACUCACAGACCAAGAAAGAUCCAAAAGAUUUGAGAAAGCCUAUACACAUACUCUGUAUUACCUGGCACAAGUCUACCAGCACCUGGAGAUGAUUGAGAAGGCUGCUCAGUAUUGCCAUACUACUCUUAAACGACAGCUUGAGUAUUGUGGCUACAACCCGGUAGAAUGGGCACUCAAUGCUGCCACUUUGUCACAGUACUAUCUCUCUAAGCAAUGCUUUAUGGAGGCCCGUCACUGCUUAGCAGCAGCCAGUGUCAUCUUCAGCCAAGCUGAACAAGUGCCAUCUGCUGAAGACAAUGAAACGGAGCAAGACCAACAGGACCUUCGACAGAGAAAAGCUGAAAUUGCAAGGUGCUGGAUUAAGUAUUGCCUGAAUCUUCUGCAAAGCACUCGGAAAUUGCUUGAGGAUAACAUAGGAGAGCUGGAUCCAGACAGACAGUUGGAACUCAAAGCCCAAAGGAAAAAAGAAGAAGAUGAAAAAGAGAAGGGCAGGAAAAAAGCUGUCCUUUUUGGGACAAGUGAUAUAUGUGACUCUGUUUUAGCCAUGGAAGAGAAAGUGAGCAGUGUAUAUCCUUUAGAUUUUCAAGAAGCCAGAGAAAUCUUCCUAGUUGGUCAGAACUAUGUUCUGGAAGCAAAAGAGUUCUUUCAGGUUGAUGGUUACGUUACUGACCAUAUUGAAAUUGUUCAGGAUCACAGUGCUUUGUUUAAGGUACUUGCUUUCUUUGAAGAAGACUAUGAGAGACGUUGCAAAAUGCACAAGCGCAGACUAGACAUGCUGGAGUCUAUAUAUGUAGACUUGAACCCUCAGUACUAUCUGUUGAUUAGUAGGCAGCUUCAGUUUGAACUAGCUGACACCUAUUAUGAGAUGAUGGAUUUAAAGAUAGCUAUCGGUAACAGGUUAGAGGAGCUAGACUCCCACACAAUUAAAAAAAUUAAUUCUCUGGCUCAGUUAGCCAUCAAGUAUUAUGAACUCUUCUUAGACUCUUUGAGGAACCCAGAUAGGGUGUUUCCUGAACAGCUUGAGGAAGAUGUUCUGCGCCCUGCAAUGGUGGCUAAAUUUCAUAUUGCACGACUGUAUGGCAAGCUUAUUACUUCGGAUAGCAAAAAGCAACUGGAAAAUAUGCAGACAUCAUUGGAAUAUUACAGGUUUCUGGUAGACUAUUGUGAGAAGUACCCAGAUGCUGUCCGUGCCGUUGAAACUGAACUAGAACUCAGUAAGGAGAUGGUGGGUCUUAUUCCAACAAGAAUGGAGAGGCUGAGAGCAAAGCUCUGUCCAUUCAUAUAAAUACUUGCCUUGAAGGAAAUGUGCACUAUUAAAAUGAUAUCUGUCAAAACCAGUGCUGUCAGACAGUUUCUGUACUGGCUGAUAGAACUAAGGUGUCUACAGUUCAGUUGUCCACCUAGAGCCUGCAGUAGUGUAACUUUGUGAGAAACUGCACAGCCAGCCGCUUAUAGAAUACUUCAUCGACCUGCUCACCCUGGUUGGGUGGUCUGUAGCAGACUCCCAGCACAAAAUCACCCUUGUUAGCCUUCCCUUUCACCCUUACCCAUAAACACUCAACUUCAUCGUCGCUGGAGUUUAGUUCUGUACAGUCAAAACACUCCCUAAUGUACAGAGCCACACACCCCAUCUCCUUCCUUGCCUAUUCCUCCUGAAGAGCUUGUAGCCAUCCACCACAGCGUUCCAGUUGUGACCGUGGUCCCACCACGUUUCCGUGAUGGCGACUACAUCAUGGCUGUCCUGCUGCACAGUGGCUUCCAGCUCCUCCUGUUUGUUGCCCAUGCUACGUGCAUUAGCGUAGAUGCACUUGACCUGGGCUAUUGAUUUCACCCCCAUCCUUGGCCCUUUACCCUCAGGCUCAUUACUAGCAGGCCCGGUUUUAUCCCCUUCCCCCUUCACUUCUAGUUUAAAGCUCUGUCCAUGAGCUUUGUUAACUCCUGGCCUAGUACCCUUCUCCCCCUCUGGGACAGGGUUUUCCCAUUGUUCACAAGCAGAAAUUUCUAAAUGUCUAUCCCUUUUCUCAAAUGAAAUGACAGAGUGAGAAUCCUCACUAACGCAGCAUCCUUCAAGCCCUGGCAUGCUUCCCUUAGGUUUAAUCCUGACAGGCCCAAUUAUCUCCCCUUCCCCCCUCAUAUCUAGUUUAAAGACCUGUCAAUGAGCCCUGCUAACUCCUGCCCCAAAAUUCUUUUCCCCCUCUGGGACAGAUGUAUCCCACCUGCCACUGGCAGGCCAGGUGUCUCCUAUAGCCACCUAUGCUCAAAAAAACCCCAAAGCCCUGCUGAUAACACUAGUCCUGGAGCCAUGAGUUGACCUGUUGCCUCCUCCUAUCAAUUUCCUUAUUUCUGGUUGCCACUGGAGGGAUAGAGGAGAAGACAACUUGUGUUCCUGAUCCCUCGAGCAGCCGUCCCAAAUCUCUUUUAAUUGAUUUUGGCCUCCUCCUACCCAUUUCAGAGCUCUCCAGGUCAGUAGCUCACCCACACUAAUGGUAUAAACUUUAAAUGUAAAGUGUAUGUCCAGCUAAUGCUAUAUAUUGUUUGUCCUGGAUGUAAAUAUAAACCUUUUCUCACUUACGUUUUUUCCCUUUGGCAUAUGGUUCACUUUCUAAAUGUAGUGCUGUACGAAAAUUGUUUAAGAUAAUCUGUUUCUCUAGGAAAAUUUUUCUAAGAAACCUGAGGCAUGUUCUUCCAACUAGAAUAUAUUUUCUAACCUUUGACUCCCCAAAAAACUUUAUCCAUAUGAAGGAAAGGUUGUUAUUUUCAAUAUUUAUUUUGUACGUUGUUCAGUGUUUCCUUUUUUCUCCUCGUAAUCCAAACCUAGUUGAUAGAGGCUUAAUAAAUGGACUAGCUUGGCAAAAUA